AUGCCUUAUCCCAGAAGCACCGGUAUUACGAUGGAUCACCAGAACGGAGGCGUGUGCCACGAUGUGUACCAUCACCUGUCAGCCAGUCACAGGUCAGUCUCCGGGAACGCCACUGUGGAGACCAGCGGCGCCACAUUCUUCAUCAUUGAGGGUCUUUCCAGCCUUGGCGAUAAAGAUGUGAUCUUUGUCAUCCUGUUACUUGGAUACAUCGUCAUCCUGGGUGGAAACAGCAUGAUUAUCUUUGUGGUGCUGUCAGACCCAAAACUCAGCUCGCCUAUGUUCUUCUUCCUCUGCAACCUGUCCUUGGUAGACAUGGCCUACACCACAACCACCGUUCCCAACAUGCUCUCCGGCCUGGUGACCGGCGCGUCCACCAUCUCUGCACAGGGUUGCUUCCUCCAGAUGUUCGUCUUCAUCAUGCUGUCUGUCACCGGUCGGGCUACCCUCACUGUCAUGGCGUACGACCGCUAUGUGGCCAUCUGCAGCCCCUUGUACUACUCGUCUAUCAUGACCCUGCCCGUGCGCCUGCUCCUGGUUGUCGGAGCUUGGACAUUCGGCACAGCGUGCACUCUUCCGGCCAUCUCCAUGGCCAGCCGUCGGUACUACUGCGGCGCAAAUGUGGUGAAGCAUGGUUGGUGUGACCCUACGUCUGUGAGGCGACUGGUGUGUGGAGACACUCUGACAGACAGCAUCGUGUCCCUUACGUUUGGCGUGGUGGCCAUGCUCACCACAGGAGUCCUCAUCCUCACGUCCUACAUCCUGAUUGGCCUGUCCAUCUUCAGAAUGGGCAUUGGCGAGCGGCUAAAGGCAUUCAAGACGUGCGCCGCCCACUUGACCGUGGUGACCAUCUCUUACAGUGCCGCUGCCUGUGUUUACAUCUCUUACCAGGUGGCAAGCUUUCGACCAGAGGUGCGCAUCAUUGUGUCGGUGCUGUACUCGGCUCUGACGCCGUUCCUCAACCCGCUCAUCUACAGCCUGAGGAACAGCGAACUUCGAGAGUCCAUUCGACGGACGCUGAGGAAGCUCGGGCCCACAAACGUGCUGCCCAUGAAAGGCGUCAACACCGUGUCCUGA